GUCUCUCGCGUGUUCGCACGGGGAACAUCGCUCGCGCGCGUCUUCGCCAAGGCCGAUUCUAGCGAGUCCUCGGGCUUUCCAUUAUCGUCGAGAAUAAUCGCGGUGUGAAAUUCCGCAUUCGCGGUGAGAAAGAGAGAGAGAGAGAGAGAGGAAUCGCGAAACCUCCUUUACAAUCGGGCCGAGCCGCGUCGUCCGGCUAAAUGAGAGACCCUUGCGGAUAAUACGAAAAUAUUCGAUCCUCUUCUCUCCCAUUCCUUUCCUCUUCCGCGUCCGUCCGUCCGUCCCUCCUCCUCUCUUCACCCCUUUGUUCACCCGUUUCCCCUGACGCAGAUCGCGAGUACACGAUCCGCGGACGUUUCGCAAUUAUACCCGGAGAAUGGACAUGGCCGACCGUUUCUGGAGACUGGCCCUGUGCUGGAUAUGCAUCGUCGGAUUCGCAGGUGCCAACGUGCAAAGUAAAGUAAGAUGUACCAAGCAACUGAUGGAGGUGGAUAUAGUGAGGAGUAGUCCGCAGGCGAAGAUUUAUCUUCAACAAUUCAAGCACUUUCCGGACGAGGCCUGCAAGCCGCAGUUUCACGAUGGCGUAGCCACCUUUAAAUUAUCGUUGCUGGAACAGGACAUGUUACGGUGCGGCAUUACGAGAGUCGUCAACAAAGUCACGGGUCAAAAGAUGUACUACCACCGGGUAAUAGUGGAGGAGCCUGCGGAUUCCAGCAAACACACGUUCACGGUGAAAUGCGUAAUCACCGAAGUUGUCGUGGAGCCAGAAAUCGCCGUCGCGGCCAAUCACACGGCGGUAAGGCGGAGCGUUCUUCCGGCGGGCUUUCAGGAACCUGAAGUGAUCGAUAUACGUGAGGAAAUUUCACGUCAGGCGCCAGUUCCGAUCCUCGGCGUCGGAGUAAGGCAGGGUGGAGUUUUGGUGACCGGCGAGCUCAACGUCAGUCCCGGUACGCCGUUGCAGAUGGAAAUAUUUUUGGACAACGCUUCAGCGCCGAUCUACGGCCUGCUGGUGACUUACAUGUUGGUCACCGAUACCAAGACGCAGGAGGAAACGAUUAUUAUUAACGGGUGCUCCGUCGAUCCUUACUUGUUCGAAAACUUCAACACCGUGGACGGCGAUUUCCUGACGGCGAAAUUCCGAGCCUUCAAGUUCCCUGAAAGCACCUAUGUUCAGUUCCGAGGCACCGUUAACGUCUGCUUGGACAAGUGUCCAGGGAUCGAAUGUAGCAACGGUCAAAUCGGUUUCGGCAGAAAAAGACGAGCCAUUGAGAUGUCAAGCGCCGACAAGAAUAAAUUGUUCGAGGUAACCAUGUCGACGUUCAUCAGGGUCGAUUCCACGGAUGACGUCAUGAUCGAUCAAGUGCUUUCGGGAUUCAUCAGGAAGGGAAAGAACAGAACGCAUACGAAGGAGAGGGCAGUGAUCGCCGAAGAAGUCAGGGAGCAAUCCGACCCUACGACAAUUAGGACGCACGAAAGAGCGUUCCUCGCGGAAGAGAUAAAGGAACAGUUUAAAUACAAGGUCACCGAGGUGGUACUCAAUGGUUCCUCGUGUAGUACGCUGAGCUUGUCUCUCCUUUUGGCCCUUGUUUGUUUCUACUUCAAACUCUUGUAGAGAGACUUGCGUUUCCUGACAAACGAUUGCUAAUUGUAAAUAAGACGCAGUCUGAGUUACAAACGUGAAGAAAAAUAAGAGGAGUCGUUUCCUGGAUUGAUAGUUAAUUUGCUCACUAAUAAUCGAGAGAUUUCGAUCGUCAUAACAGCAGAUCACUAAUAAUAUAGAUAUAGUGAUCAUAGACUGUGUAUAAUCAAAAUAUGUCUAGAAGAGCAUUGAUGAAGGAAAUUUGACUUGCCGACGUUUCCAAGUAACGUAAUUUUUUUCAAGAGGAAACUUUGUCAAUGCAAAAUUGCCGUUCACAAGUACUUUAUGCGUGAUACUAAAAAUUUAUUUAAUGGGAAUAGAUUGCUAGGCGACGAAUUCGAUAAGAAUUAAACUAUCGAAUUUGUGAAAUCCGAAGAAAGCUUGGAUUGAAAAAAAAUGGAUUAACUAUCUUAGCGCUAACAUAAUAAACAGUAACAUGUAUAAUUUCUCCGCUCUGCGACCGCCGAAUUUUCAAUCACGUUUCAGUUUUUAGUUUUAUUAUAACUUUUUUCUUUAAUUAUCUCGUAAGCAACUGCCGUAUCUCUUGAUAGAGUAACUGCCAAAAGAAAAUUGGCCUUUGCGAGUGGAGAAAAAACGAAGACCUAGUCGUGCGACGAGGUGUAAUAUUAAAAUGCGACUUAAUUACUAAGUAAUUAUUAAUUACGUAUUUGUAAUCUCAGUUUAAUUAUUACGUUAAAUAAAUGUAAAAUAAAUAAAUCGACAGCCGACGCAG